CAGAUCAUCUCCAUCACUUGGACUAUCAACCUCGCGUAGUACCUCUUGAACUCGGUGCGAUGCGCGCUCAGGUGAAAGACGGUAUCAUAUAUUCGCCAUACCCGGGUUUCGAAAUUCGGAACUGCUCUUUCUACCAGAUUUUGAGGGAAUGCAUGACAAAGUACGCAAACAAGAAGUUAGCGAUCGACGGCGACAUGGAAAUGUGUGGGUCCGAAAUCUUGAGGAACGCUGAGCACUAUGCUGCCUGCCUUCGACAGCAUGGAGUCCUGCCAGGAGAUUUUAUCUGCGUGCACUUUCUGACAUGCCUCAAUAACCUUGUCGUCAUGCUAGGAGCGCUAUCGUCUGGAGCGACUGUAGUACUGUCCAGUCCAACGCUUACUACGCGAGAGCUGCUAUAUCAGCUGACCGACACGGGAGCACCGUACAUCAUCACGGAUCGACAGAACGCUCAGAAAGUGCGCGAAGCAAUGGAACGCUGUCCCAUAAAGAAAGCGUUUUGUGUCGGCAAUGUACCGGAAUUCACAAGCCUCAAUGACUGCGUAACGGACGCCCCCUUCGAAGAACACGAGGUGGCCGACUCCAGUGAAGAAGUCCUGGCAGUCUUGUAUUCCUCUGGAUCUACCGGCCUCCCAAAGGGCAUAACUGUAACACAUCGCAAUUUCUACUGUUCGAUGCACACGCUCAAAAACCUAAGCCUUCUCGCUGAGGACGAUGUUCACAUGGCAUGGAGUCCUCUCACCCAUGUCUCCGGUUUUGCCCUUACUACCAUAAGCCUUUUGCUUGGAGCAACAACCAUCAUCGAGGAGCCGAGCACAUCAGUACAGGAUAUCGUAAAAUCUGCGAAUCUUCACAAGGUUACUUUUUGGUUGGCAUUUCCUGUAAAACUUCAAGCUUUUAUGAACGAAAUGGAAAAACAAGUGCUACGUCUAAAUCCAGUCAAGAAAGUUCUCAUUGGAGGGACAUCAGUUCCGGAUGCUAUCGGACGUAAGCUGGUGAAAGUGUUCCGCCCUACGACACUCGUCAACGUCUACGGACAGUCGGAGGUAAUGGGCCUCGUGACUUCACCGCCCGUUGGCGAGGUCACUUACAGCAAUGUGGGCGUGCCAACUGCAAACGUCCAAGUUAAGAUCAUGGAUCCCGAAACCGGAAUGGUGCUAGGACGUGGUGAACACGGAGAAAUCUGUGUAAAAACACCGGCCAUGAUGAAAGGCUACUUGAAACGACCAGAAGCUACGGAAGCUGCUAUCACUCCUGAUGGUUGGCUAAGAACAGGGGAUGCUGGUUACUACGACGAGGACGGUAGAUUGUAUAUUGUUGACAGACUCAAAGAAAUGAUCAAAUGCCUGGACAUACAAUGUGCCCCUGCGGAACUGGAGGAGAUCUUGUUAAGCCACGAAGCCAUCGCUGAAGCAUGCGUCGUAGGCGUCCCGCACUCCGAUUAUGGCGAAGCUCCGACAGCAUUUGUUGUCCUAAAACACGCAUAUCGACAGGAAGAAACGUCAAUAGUGCAGCAGCUUCAGGACCUGGUUGCCAAGCAAACAGCUGUGUACAAGCGUCUGUAUGGUGGAGUGUUCGUUUUGGAAACCUUGCCUAAAACUGGAAACGAGAAGAUAGACAGGAAGCAGCUGAGAAUGACGUGCAAAGUUGCUGCUGAUUAGGCGCAACCCCGGGCAGGAGUACAUCGUGGACUCCGUCUUCAUUAGUCUCAUUCUAUUGAUUGACUGAUAGCUUGGACAGCCUAUUAUCUUCAGUGACCCUAUAAUAUGUUCUCCCUACGAGUAUCAUUUCUUUUUCUCUGCACAUAGGAAGGAAAUACAGGAGUGCCACAGGCAGGGGCGGAUCCAGACCCUGGGUGUUUGGUGGGGGAGGGGGGGGGAAGGCGGCUUCUUUGCCGGAGCGCGUAGUAGGGAAGGGGGAGAGAGAAAUCCAAUGUAUAAACUGACAUAUUGGGGGGCGAUCAGCAGCGAUGCCAUUUUUGCUGGUGAGAUAUGCUGUUACGCGGACAUCCUAUGGGAAACAGCAUGUAGCUACUUCACGACUAGUUAGCUCAAAAUCAAAACUUAUUAGUUGCAGGGCCGACGAGAAGUGGGGGGGGGGGGUGCAGUCCCGGGCCCGGACUCUUUAGCGGCCCGCCAGACCCAAGGCCUGACGGUUCCUAGCACCGAGAGACGUGAGGAGGUGGGCCCGGGCAGGAGUAAUCCGAAAUAGAAUAGAAUAGAAGUAGAAAAGAAAAAAAAAAGGAAACGUAGCCUCUAAAAAUGAACUUCACCACUUAGCACGCUCCUAGCCAACCAUCACU